GGAAAUUGGAAGUAAAUAGUGCGUCUGUCAAAAAGAGUAGAAAAACGCCGGUUUUCAUCAAUUCCUCAAUUUACUCAAGUUUUUCACUUUCUGCUGAACUAAAGAUGGUACGAGGAGGUCUGCGUGGUCGUGGGGGAAUGCGUGGUGGUGGAGUGAGGGUUCCAUUCAAGAAAACCUUCGUGCCACGGCAUCCGUUUGACCUGACGCUGGCCGAAUUGGCUUUUCCGAAAGUUGUGCAGCCUCCAGACGACUCUGCCCUAACAGCGGCUCUCCUGAAGCGCAAUCAGGACCUCUGUCCCACGGCCGUGGAGCAGACGGCCAUUGGGAAUCUCGUGACUAAAGUUCAGGGUGUCCUGGACAAUCUCGUGGUGGCUCCUGGGGACUUUUCCACCUGCCAACUCGACGAAGUGCGUCAGGUGGGAUCAUUCAAGAAGGGUACAAUGAUGACAGGAAACAAUGUAGCUGACAUUGUGGUCAUCCUGAAGACUCUGCCUACGAAGGAGGCUUGUGAGGCACUGGCGAGGAAAGUCGAGGAAGAUCUCAAGACAGCCAUGAAGACGGAAGUUGUGACGAAGGCUGAAGCUUUGAGCACCAGUCUGCACGAGAAGGGCUUCGACAUUGCCAAUCGCGUGGCCAAGGUGCGUGUUCUGAUCGCUACUUUGCCUCAGAACAUCCGGAAGCUUGAACCGGAGACGCAUCUCGAUGCCAAAGUCAUGCAGAGUCACUUGGCUGCCAUCAGGCACAUCAGAUGGUUCGAGGAGAAUGCCCAUCACUCCUCUAUCAAAGUACUCAUUCGCAUCUUGCGCGAUCUAACUAAGCGCUUUGACGGAUUUGCUCCCAUGUCUCCCUGGACACUGGAUCUGCUGGCCCACUUGGCCAUCAUGAACAACCCCAGCCGUCAGGCUCUGCCCAUCAAUCAAGCUUUCAGGAGGGUGUUCCAGCUUCUGGCUUCAGGGCUGUUCCUCCCAGGAUCUGCAGGAAUUACUGAUCCCUGCGAAGUUGGCCACAUCCGUGUGCACACAUCCAUGAGUCUGGAGCAGCAGGACGUGUGCUGCAUGACAGCUCAGACUCUGCUCAGGGUGCUGGCCCAUGGAGGCUACAAGCACAUCCUGGGCCUGGAGGGAAAUGCCAGCAUCGCUCAGGAGAUGAGCGUCUGGGAUGGAGUUGUGGUGUCGCCCAUGGAACGCGUCUACGAGAAGCCGUCAGAGAAGAAGGAGGGCGAGGAGGAUGAAGACAUGGAAGCCGUCGAGGGUGAUGCAGAGGAUGAUGGGAUGGAAUAAGCAUUCAACUCCAUUCGAUUUGUCUUGAUUUUGUCUCUCAAUGUAUCUUUGAAAUAUCUUUCAAAAUAAAACAUUCUGUGCCGUGAA